AUGCCAUGGAGUCCAGGGUCCUCUUCGGCGCCGUCAGGCGACAAAGACGACAUUAAAUCAAAACUAUCCUCGUGGACCAAACCUAUACGCGAUCACCUCAGCGAAGGCGGCAACUGGAUCGCACCUAUCAUCGCCGCUGGCGCGACUAUGGGAUUUUGGAGCUUCUACAAGACCUACCUCCGGCGCAUCCCCAACAGCGCCCAUGUUUCCCCGCGAUACUUUCACCGACGGAGCUUGUUUGGCAAGGUAACUAGUGUUGGGGACGGUGAUGGGUUCCACUUGUAUCAUACACCAGGUGGGCGUUUGGCUGGCUGGGGCUGGCUGAGGACGGUGCCGAAGCUGAAGAAGGAAUUGAAGGGGCAGACGAUCCCCAUCCGCAUCGCCGGCGUCGACGCCCCCGAAGGCGGUCACUUUGGCCGAACCGCUCAGCCCUUUGCUGCCGAAGCACAAAAGUUUCUGGACAGCCACAUCCUCAACCGCCGAGUCCGCGCCUAUGUUUGGAGACGCGACCAAUAUGACAGAAUCGUGGCCACCGUUUAUGUCCGACGGCCGCCAUUCUUUCAACGAAAAGACGUCUCGAUGGAGCUGCUCAAGCAGGGAUUCGCAACUACGUACGAGGCCAAGACGGGCGCUGAGUUUGGCGGGCCGUCCAAGGAGAUCGAAUACAAAGUUGCCGAGGAGGUGGCAAGACAGAAAGGGAAGGGGAUGUGGUCCCUUGAGAAGGGAGGCGGGUUUUUCCAUCCGAGCAAAAAAGCCCGGGCGAUUGAGAGCCCGAUGGCAUACAAGAGGCGAGUGAAGCUAGCGGAGGAGCCGCAACGCAAGUUGGAUUCGUGA